CGUCUCCUUCACUGUCUCCCCAGUGCCACCUGGCUGUAUAAACAGGGAACCCAGGGGAGGCCUGGAACAGAAGGUGGCAGAUCCCCUAGGACUCCUUGUCUUUCCGACAUAGUGCAUCUGAAGUGUCUCCAGGCCUUGUGACCUCCCAGAGAGACCUAGAUACAGCUGUUGUCUGCCUGGGCUCAGUGUGCCACACUACACUCGCCUGCCUACCCAGAGCCUUGCCCUUUGGAUGUCUCUGACAACUGGGGUGGGGGCUCCCCUCCUACUUACGAGAGUAGGACACAGAUCCACCUACUCACCACCUCUCUUACGGGAAGAUCACCUCUCCUCAGAGGUACAGGAAGAGCAGGAAGGAUGCCUCUGGCCCUCAGAGAGUACGGUGUCAGGUGGAAUGCCGGAGCCACAGGUCUAUGCCCCACCUCGGCCCACUGAUCGACUCGCUGUGCCCCCCUUCGUCCAGCGGAGCCGUUUCCAGCCCACCUACCCCUACCUGCAGCAUGAAAUUGCCCUGCCACCCACUAUCUCGUUGUCUGAUGGGGAGGAGCCCCCACCCUACCAGGGCCCCUGCACCCUCCAACUACGGGACCCCGAGCAACAGCUGGAGCUGAACCGAGAGUCUGUGCGUGCACCCCCCAACCGGACCAUCUUCGACAGUGACCUUAUAGACAGUACCAUGCUGGGAGGCCCCUGUCCCCCCAGCAGUAACUCGGGCAUCAGCGCCACCUGCUAUAGCAGCGGUGGGCGCAUGGAGGGGCCGCCUCCCACCUACAGUGAGGUCAUCGGUCAUUACCCGGGCUCCUCCUUCCAGCACCAGCAAAGUACCGGGCAGUCCUCCCUGUUAGAGGGAACUCGGCUCCAUCACCCUCACAUUGCCCCACUGGAGAACAAGGAGAAGGAGAAACAAAAAGGUCACCCCCUCUAGGAGUGGGGGCCGGGGCACCUGUAGGCAAAACCGCAAAAAAUAAAAACACUCCGCACUUCUUAAGAGAGAAGAGAGAGGAAGGCAGGAGACACACAGGCCAUGUGGUGUGUGCUAGUUCUCCUGUCUGUGUAUAAAUAUUUACAUGUUCCGUGUGGUCUGAAUGCAGAAGCUCAGAAAGCUUGCAAAAAAAAAAAAAAAGAAAGAAAAAGAUGCCAUGUUUCUUUGUUGAGCCGUGUCUUGAAGGCAAAAGAGAAACCGCUCCACUAGUCUUGUUCUUAGUUGAGCUCUGUGUGUGAAUGCUUAAUUUCUUUUGUUUAUGAUGGUUUUACUUAACUUUAAAGACAUAUUUGCACAAAACCUUUGUUUAAGAUCUGCAAUAUUAUAUAUAUAUAAAUAUAUAUAAAAGAAGAGACUCUGUAUGUGGGAGAGCCAGGAGUAUUUUUGUAUUAGAAGAGGCCUAUUCAAAAAAAAAAAGUUGUUUUCUGAACUAGAAGAGAAAAAAAAUGGCAAUUUUUUGAGUGCCAACUCCGAAAGUGUGUAUUACCUUGUAAAAAAGAAAAAAAAAUCCUACAAAGCAGGGGUUUAGAGCUAUUUAUAUAAAUGUUGAGAUUUUGCACUAUUUUUUAAUAUAAUAUAUCAGUGCUUGUUUGAUGGAAACUUCUAGAGAGUGUGUUGAGACUUGGAGAAAUGUUGAGUUUCAGUCUGAACAGAGCAUCGGGGUGUGUCCCCUCCCCCCGGGUCUCAGAGGGCCCCCACUGCACAGGAAAGCCAGGCUCCCCAGGGCCACGCACCUGCAAGCCGACGGAUGCUUCUGUCCAGACAGGCUGUGAACAGUUACAUUCCCUGCCGAAGGGGACCCGUGUUGUCCUCUGGGUUACAGCUGAGUCAGGACCGCCCCCCACAAAGGCGCUGGGUCCCAGAUGCCUUUCCCAAUAUGAAAAAUAAACUGUUACCGAAGGAA